AUGUCCUGUACCGAGGCCAGGGAGAUCGUGGAGGAACUUGUGGAGGAACCUCUUCUACCCCAAAAUGACGAUGCCGGUGGCAGCUUGCAGCUGAUUGACCUGAGAUUCGGCGAAGAGAUCAGGCGGUUUCUACUGCGCCAAGUCAAUGGUGUGGUACUCUUUGUGACUUCACGGGUGAAGGACGUUGGCCACUGGAUGACCAUGACUGUAGGUCACCUCGCAAGGUCCAGAGAGAAAUCGUUGCAGGUGACUUCGGAGCAACAGGUGUUAUCGAAGCCGCUCUACAGGGUGGUGAACGAAUGGCAGCUUCGCAGGGAACAGGGCCAGACCUUGGUUCGAAGGAUCAUGAGGGACUUCAUGCAGAUGGAAGACGACAUCCCAGAUCUGGCCGCUGGCCUGACGGAGGCUGCAGAUGAGGAGAAUCGGAAGAUUAUCAAGGCCUUCGAGCGAAGGAAGAAGGAGACCUGCGCCUCCGGAAAGGCCUACGCCAUGUCAGUGAGGGCGAACUAUGCCAUGCGGCAGAUGCCGGCGAUUUUGGAUCAUGCAGCCAAGAACCAUGUUUUAGAGGUGCGAGAGAUGUUGGAGGUGAAGGGAGCUGAUCCGAAUUAUAUCCACGUCCGGAAAGAUUCCUGGGCCAUCUCGGACACCAGGUUGGAAUUUUAUGAAGAGAUCACACCUUUGGUGGUGGCAGCUGAGUAUGGUGCCUGCGAAGUCAUCAAGGUUCUCUUCAAUCACCCUCAGAUCGAUGUGAAUCUGUGUUGCUGUGCCUUCAAUGACAGCGAAAUCUACAACUACUAUACAGCGUAUGAUGUGACCAUUGCCAAGAAGCAUCCUCAUGCAGCGGCGCUGCUGCGUGCGCGAGGCGUGCUACCAGCUUCGAGUGAACAUGUUUUCAAACCUGCCUUCGACGCUGUACAUGGACGUCCCUUGCGAGAGGACAUGAACCACACGUACGAAGACGACAGCUUCGGCGAGGGUGAAAUUCCCCGAUGGGACACGGUGGCCCAGGGUGACCCCGAACUGGCACUUGAACUGCAGAAGGUGGCUGAAGCCUUGAGUACCAGCAAGGAACAGUCCUUGAAGAACAGGAACAAGAUCUUUAAGGCCUUGGUCAUGGAUUGGCACCCGGACCGCGCCAAAGAUCCCGAGCUGUCGACCAAAGUCUUCCAGUGGCUACAGGUGGUGAGACCCUGGUACCUGGAGGAGAACGAGGAACCCGCAGCUGUGGAGCUCCCUCCCCUGAUGCAAUCCACGGAUCAGGAAAAGGACAUGAAGGUUCCAAGGGAUGAAGCAGGACUGCGGGAGCCGCAGGAGUUUGGUCCAGCUCCGGGACAAGCAAAGGAAUACAUGCACCCCUCAGGCAACUUGUUCUCCGUGUGGUGA